CUGAUAAAUGUGAACAUGAGGUCUGUCACUGGAGCUGUCCUUAAGAUGCUACUUCUGUUAUCUACUCAAAAUUGGAACAGAGUCGAAGCUGGGAAUUCCUAUGACUGUGAUGAGCCUCUCGUGUCCGCCUUGCCUCGAGCAUCGUUCAGUAGUUCUUCGGAGCUUUCUAGCAGCCACGGUCCAGCAUUUGCAAGGCUAAAUCGAAGAGAUGGAGCUGGUGGCUGGUCUCCACUUGUGUCAAACAAGUACCAGUGGUUGCAGAUUGACCUUGGCGAGAGAAUGGAGGUCACUGCCGUGGCCACCCAAGGGGGCUAUGGGAGCUCCAACUGGGUCACCAGCUACCUCCUGAUGUUCAGUGACAGUGGCAGGAACUGGAAGCAGUAUCGACAAGAGGACAGCAUCUGGGGUUUUUCAGGAAAUGCGAAUGCAGACAGUGUGGUGUACUACAGACUCCAGCCUUCUAUCAAAGCCAGAUUUCUACGCUUCAUCCCUUUAGAAUGGAACCCCAAGGGCAGAAUCGGAAUGCGUAUGGAGGUGUUUGGAUGUGCAUAUAGAUCAGAAGUGGUUGAUCUUGAUGGAAAAAGUUCCCUUCUCUACAGAUUUGAUCAAAAAUCCCUGAGCCCAGUGAAAGAUAUUAUUUCUUUGAAAUUUAAAACUGUGCGGAGUGAUGGGAUUCUACUCCACAGAGAAGGGCCAAGUGGAGAUCACAUCACCCUGCAGUUGAGAGGAGGAAAACUCUUUCUGCUCAUUAACUCAGGUGAAGCUAAGCUGACCUCCAUUCCUGUUCUGGUCAAUCUCACCCUGGGCAGCCUUCUGGAUGACCAGCAUUGGCAUUCGGUGCUGAUCCAGCGUCUGGGCAAACAAGUCAACUUUACAGUGGACGAGCAUAGGCGUCAUUUCCACGCACAGGGAGAAUUCAAUUACCUGGACCUUGGUUAUGAGAUCAGCUUUGGAGGGAUUCCAGCACCUGGAAAAUCAGUGUCAUUUCCACAUAAAAAUUUUCAUGGAUGUUUAGAAAAUCUCUACUACAAUGGAGUGGAUAUCAUUGAUUUGGCCAAGCAACAAAGCCCACAAGUCAUAGCUUUGGGAAACGUGUCAUUCUCUUGUUCACAACCGCAGUCUACGCCUGUGACUUUUCUGAGCUCCAGGAGUUACUUAGCACUGCCAGGUUCUUUCGAAGAGGAUGAAGUUUCUGCCACUUUUCAAUUUCGAACUUGGAAUAAGGCAGGGCUUCUGCUAUUCAGUGAACUUCAACUAGUUUCAGGGGGUCUCCUCCUCAUUCUUAAUGAUGGAAAACUUAAGCUGAAUCUCUACCAGCCAGGAAAAUUACCCACUGACAUCACAGCAGGUGCUGGAUUAAAUGAUGGACAAUGGCAUUCUGUUUCUUUAUCUGUUAAAAGGAGUCACCUGAGUGUGGCAGUGGACGGCCAUGUGACAUCUGCUGUUCCUUCUCUGGGACCUGAGCAGGUUCACUUAGGUGGCACCUAUUAUUUUGGAGGUUGUCCUGACAUAAGCUUUGGAUCCAAAUGUAAAAGUCCCCUGGGUGGAUUUCAGGGAUGUAUGAGACGCAUCUCCAUCAGUGACAAAGUGGUCGACCUGCUCUCCGUGCAGCAGGGGACCUUCGGGAACUUCAGCGACCUGCAGAUAGACUCCUGUGGCAUUUCAGAUCGGUGUUUGCCCAACUACUGUGAACACGGUGGUGAAUGCUCUCAGUCCUGGAGCUCCUUUCACUGUAACUGUUCCAACACCGGUUACAGGGGAGCCACCUGCCACAACUCUAUCUAUGAGCAGUCAUGUGAGGCCUACAAGCACAGAGGAAAUGCUUCAGGGUUUUACUAUAUAGAUGCAGAUGGAAGUGGUCCCCUGGGGCCGUUUCUUCUAUACUGCAACAUGACUGAAACGGCAUGGACCAUCAUACAACAUAACGGCUCCGACCUAACAAGAGUCAGGAAUACGAAUCCAGGGAACCCGUACACUGGGGUUUUCCAGUAUGUGGCCAGCAUGGAGCAACUCCAGGCCACUCUUACCCGUGCGGAGCACUGUGAACAGGACCUCACCUACUACUGCAAGAAGUCACGGCUUGUCAGUAAAGAAGAUGGUGCCCCUCUGAGCUGGUGGAUUGGAAGAACCAAUGAAACACAGACUUAUUGGGGAGGUCCUUUGCCUAAUUCUCAAAAAUGUACUUGUGGAUUAGAGGGGAACUGCAUUGACUCUCAGUACUACUGCAAUUGUGAUGCCGACCGGAAUGAAUGGACCAAUGACACUGGAUUGCUCUCGUAUAAAGAACAUUUGCCAGUAACUAAAAUAGUGAUUUCAGACACGGGCCGACCCCAUUCAGAAGCAGCUUAUAAACUGGGGCCUCUGCUCUGCUGGGGAGACAAAUUAUUUUGGAAUUCUGCUUCUUUUGAUACUGAGGCUUCGUACCUUCAUUUUCCCACUUUCCAUGGAGAACUUAGUGCGGAUGUCUCUUUCUUUUUUAAGACAACUGCUUCAUCUGGAGUAUUUUUAGAGAACCUGGGGAUUACUGAUUUCAUAAGGAUAGAACUACGUUCUCCGACAGUAGUGACUUUUUCAUUUGAUGUGGGGAAUGGGCCUUUUGAAAUCUCAGUCCAGUCGCCCACUCACUUCAAUGACAAUCAGUGGCACCACGUGAGAGUCGAAAGGAACGUGAAGGAAGCAUCCCUGCAGGUGGAUCAGCUGCCACCGAAGACUCAGCCUGCCCCAGCCGACGGCCAUGUGCUCCUACAGCUCAACAGCCAGCUCUUUGUGGGUGGGACGGCCACCAGACAGAGGGGCUUUCUGGGCUGCAUUCGGGCUCUGCAGUUGAACGGAAUGACCUUGGAUUUGGAAGAAAGAGCCCAGGUGACUCCAGAGGUGCAGCCAGGUUGUAGGGGACAUUGCAGCAGCUAUGGAAAGUUGUGCCGCAAUGGCGGGAAAUGCAGAGAAAGGCCCAGCGGGUUCCUCUGCGAUUGCACUUUCUCUGCGUACACAGGGCCAUUCUGCUCCAACGAGAUUUCUGCAUAUUUUGAAUCUGGCUCAUCUGUGAUUUACAGUUUUCAAGACAAUUAUUUUUUAAGUAAAAACUCCAGCUCCCACGCUGCUUCAUUCCAUGGUGACAUGAAGCUGAGCAGAGAGACCAUCAAAUUUAGCUUCCGAACAACACGGACACCAAGCUUGCUGCUUUUCGUGAGCUCUUCUUACAAAGAAUACCUUUCCGUCAUCAUCGCCAAAAACGGAAGUUUGCAGAUACGGUACAAGCUAAACAGAUAUCAAGAACCUGAUGUUGUUAACUUUGAUUUUAAAAACAUGGCUGAUGGACAACUCCACCACGUAGAGAUAAACAGAGAAGGAGGAGUGGCCUUUGUGGAGAUUGAUGAGGAUACAAGGAGGCAAGUCCACCUGUCAUCAGGCAGAGAAUUCAGCGCAGUCAAAUUUCUGGUACUGGGCAGGAUUUCAGAACACAGUGACAUAGACCAGGAGACAGCGCUGGCCGGCGCUCAGGGCUUCACAGGCUGCCUCUCCGCCGUGCAGCUCAGUCACGUGGCCCCUCUGAAGGCCGCCCUGCACCCCAGCCACCCAGCCCCCGUCACUGUCACAGGACACGUGACCGAGUCCAGCUGUGUGGCCCAGGCUGGCACGGAUGCCACAUCGAGGGAAAGGACACACUCGUUUGCAGAUCAUUCUGGAACAAUAGAUGACAAGGAGCCUCUAGCUAAUGCCAUCAAAAGUGACUCUGCAGUAAUUGGAGGUCUGAUAGCUGUUGUGAUCUUUAUCUUGCUCUGCAUCACUGCCAUAGCUGUUCGCAUUUAUCAGCAGAAAAGGUUAUACAAAAGAAAUGAGGCAAAAAGGUCAGAGAAUGUAGACAGUGCCGAGGCUGUUUUGAAAAGUGAGCUUAAUAUACAAAAUGCAGUGAAUGAAAAUCAGAAAGAGUACUUCUUCUGA